CGGGGGCAGACCGGCGGUGCCGCUGCGGGUAGACCCGGAGAGAGCCCGCGUUGGAAAGGAGAGCCUUCUGGGGGAAGCCCGCAAGUGUCGCCACGCUUCUGGCACCAACAUAGCAUGCCCACAACCUCCUAACCUGUACGUCUUUGGAAUGUGGGAGGAAACCGGAGCACCCGGAGGAAACCCACACAGACACGGGGAGAACGUACUAACUCCUUACAGACAGUGGCCGGAUUUGAACCCAGGUUGCUGGUGCUGUCUGCCCUUCCUACCUCAAUGACUUGCAGCUAUGUUAUUUAAUACUACACAGCAUCUCUCCUACCUCUUCCAAGCCCCAUUUCUGUCAUCCCUAAUUGGCAUAAUAUCUGAAAGCUUUCAUGAAGUAUGUUAAUAACAACUGAGGGGCAUUUAGGGAUGGACAAUAAAUGCCACUAUUACCACCAAUGCCCAAGUUCUGAGAUCACUUCCAUAGUCUGAAGCAAGAUAUUGACAUCCUUCCCCCUAUCGAUCUCAUGUACUAAAAUAUAAUAUUAAUAAUCUUCUGAUCACUGCCCCAAGCCUGAAAUACUAAAAUCCUUUCUUGACCAUUUCCCCAAACUGAAACAGGAUAUUGAUAUCCUUUCCUGAGCCAGGAAAGGAUAUCAAGCUGAAUAUUGACAUCUUUCCCUAUGUCAGGCUGAAGAAAGUUAAUGCCAUUCAUAUUUUUCUCCUUCACCAUGUGCAAUUUCAGACCUGUCAUCUUAUCAUCAGUAAGAUUACCUAUUUCUGUCUUAAGAACUUUGCAUGCUUGUGUCCCCAUAGUUGGUUGCUGGAUAGUUGGUGGUGUCAUGAAGCAAUUUGCCAUUUGGUACAUUUUUAUUUGCUUCUGAAAUUAUGAAUAAUCUUGCCUUUGCAUUGAAGUGAGAAGUAUAACAUAGGAGAAAGCAUCUAUUCCCUUGAUCCUCUGUUGCCAUUCAGAAACUAGCAGUUCCAUGCUGUAACUCUAUAUACUUAAAAUGUUUAUACCUUAUGUUUAAUAAAAUCUAUCAACCUUAAUUGAUAAUUGUCCUGGUUAAAAUUGUCAUCUGCUGAAGGGGGUUUCAAACUUUUACUACUCUUUGUGCAUUAAAGUUCCUAGUUCCCUUCCUGAAUGGCUUGGAUCUAAUUUUUAUACUACACAGCACUUUUUCCUCCCCACCAUAUCCAACCCCCAUUUCUAUAAUCCCUAAAUGGCAGAAGUAAUUUGUCUCUUAUCAAUGACGUCAAUUCUACAUAAUGUCUGAAAUCUUUGAUGAGAUAAUUUCUUGAUCUUCUACACUUUGGGGAAUAGUGUUUGAGUGUUAGAAGACAUAAAGGCUGAAACUUGCAUCCCUAUAUCCCUUGGCCAAAAUAAAAUGUAUUGAUCUUUACAGCCUUUUAAUAAAUAUCAUGAACUUGCAUUUAGAGGAUCACAAGUUAUGAUUUAUUACCAAGUAGCACUUCACUAUUGGUAUGUUGCUGAAAUAGUUCUUGUUAUUUAAGUGUCAAGUAAUGUCAAUUGAAAAUCACUUUACUGUAGUUGUAAGCAUAGAUUACCUUUAUUGAGUUUGUCUUUAUGUGUACAUAGAGUGCAAAACUGCAGACCAAUUGUUAAUUAAAAAAUCAUUUUAAAUGUUUUUUCACUGUGGUUAUAUAAACUGGGUAUAAAUUACCUUGAUUUUCAUUUGUUUUUAAUGUGUAAAAUGCAAGCCCCAGAGCUCUCAACAGCAAAUGAACAGAAUAAUAUGGAGAAAUACGAGAAAGUCAUGACAAUAGGGAGAGGCGCAAGUGCAGAGGUCUACUUAAUGAAUAACCUGGAAACCAAAAAGCUGUAUGCUGUCAAAAGAAUAAAGAUUGAUUCAUCACUCAAGACCAGAAGCAAGGAAGCUGUAAUGCAGGAAGCAACCAUUUUGACCAGACUCAAGCACCCCCAUGUUGUCACUUGUCAUGAGUACUUCAUAGACCCAGGAGAAGAGUAUCUCUUCAUUGUCCAAGAUUAUUGUGAUGGAGGUACUUUGGAUGACUUGAUACAGUCUAAAAAAGAGAAGGGAUCCUUUGCUGAGAAGGAUAUUAUGCAGUGGUUUGUUCAGUUAGUUAUGGCUAUUCAGUAUAUUCAUUCCCUGAAGAUUCUCCAUCGAGAUAUUAAAACAUCCAAUAUUUUUCUUACAAAGAAGGGCACAGUUAAGCUGGGUGAUUUUGGAAUUUCGAAAGUAAUGACCAACACUUUGGACAUGGCAAAUACCUGUGUUGGCACACCGUGCUAUUUAAGCCCUGAGCUCUGUCAAGACAUUCCCUACAGCUCUAAGUCUGAUAUCUGGGCACUUGGUUGCCUUUUAUUUGAACUCUGUGCUUUGAAACCUGCCUUUCAUGCAAAGAACCUCUUAAGCUUGUUUUAUAAAAUUGUUAAGGGAGAAUAUGCCUGCGUACCCAAGAACUACUCUGAAAAUCUGCAUGACUUGAUCAAAAAUCUUCUCUGCAAGUGUCCUGAAGAGAGACCUAGUGCCAGCACUAUCCUCAAAUCAUCCUAUGUCCAGGAACACCUCAAGCUGUUCAUUAGAGAUCAGGAAUCUCAGCUUACAAAAUAUAAUUCUGCGAAGUAUGCACCGUCAGGCAAGACGGAUGGUAAUGAGAUCACUGAUCACCUCUGCCAGUCUUUGGAUUCUAGUGAAGAAGGUAUGUGUGUACCACAUUGUCAAAAUGCUGAAAAUGUAGAGGUGAUGUCCUCGGAGGUGUGCGACAAUAUCGGACCCUGUGCUGAAGAAGAUAAUUACUCUGAUGACUUUGAUCAGGAUAGUUUGUCCUCUUCAGGGGAACAUGCAGAGGAUGAAAUGUCAGUACCAGCUUCAAGCGCUGAAACCUCUGAAGUUGCAGAAGCCACUGAUGAAGUGGACUUUACAGAGUACCCAGAUGACUUUGAGGAGGAAGAAGAUGAUGUGGCAGAAAUAGUAUGUAAUGCUCGCUCUGCUAUGGAAGUUGAAGCUAACAAUGAUUCGUUUCUAGAGGAAAGAGGUGGCCAAGAAGAAAUUGCUGUCAACUUGUCCAGUACCAUUAAGUCUUUGAAAGAGAAAUGUAUAGAUGAUGUUGGUCAGACCCUUUUCCAUGAAAUUGCUUCUCAGUUUCUCAAAGGUUUGACUCCUGAUGACCUUCAACCUCAGUUUGAGCAUCGGUUGGGCCCAGAUCACUUGGAGACAUGCUACAUUAUCUUCAACAUGAAUCAAGAAGAUGCUUGAUUCAGUAUGCAGCUGCAACUCAAAUGUUGCUGAUUUUUGUUUCUGCAAAAUAAGAGUGCUAAUUGGAAUUGAUUCAUGCGAGUCUAACUGACUAAUCAGAUUCUACUGUACACAUUGUUAUUAGGUUUCUGGGAUACCUGUCACAAUCUUUUAUCCCAUGAGAUAUUAGUGCUAUAGCAUCUCUAUUCCUUGAGCAGAAGUAUCUGAGGCUUACUAUCUUAUGGUUAGUUGAUUACCAUGUGGCUAAUAAUGCUGUGAACUUUCUAAAUUUAAGAGAUAUACUAAACUUCAGUACUUUCCCAAUUCCUUUCCUGUUGUCUCCAAGUACUUUUCCAAAAGUUGGUUUGAUGUUAUUUUGUUUUUGCUUAAUUGUACAUACUUCUCCUAAAUGUUGACAAAUAAUGUGUACCUAAAUCUUUGCCUACAGCACCACAAAUUUGGCAUAGUAGGAAACCUAAGGAUGUUUUGCCAAUUUCACUUUCCCUCUCUCAUUGAGAAAAUUACAGUUGAUAUGUCUCAGAUUUGACUGCAAACUUACUCUGCAGGCAUUGUAAGACAAUGAAAACAGAAUACUAGAUUCAUUUGAAAAGUAAGUAGAUGGUGUAAUGAGAAGCAGAUGAUGUUCCAGGAAAAUGAGAUCAAAUGGCCUGAAGGCUUUCUAUAUUCUAAUUUAUUUAAAUUAUAGACAGGGAAAUAUAUUUUUAUUUACACCCUAUUUUUAUAGGAAAACGUUUUACUAGAUAUUUCUGUAUCCAUUAUGUAAUAAAAUAUACAUUUUUCAAAGUGCAUGGUUCGUGGUAGGAAUGCUUCCCAAAUAGGUUCCUAAUAUAUCACGAGAAUUCCGUUUAGAAUAUCCUGAUGGCAGCUUUAGAGUUAUCCCAUCAGUGAAUCAUGAAACAGACUGGGAAACUGAUUUCCAGUUUGUGUGUUUUCUUACAAAUAGGCAGGGAGAGGUGAGGAGUGGCAGUGUGAAGAAGGGUGAUCUGUAAUUGGAAUCACUACAGCAACCAAGAAGGUUUGAAGACUUCGUAUCCAUGCUUUUUUUAAAUAAAGUUAAAUAAGUAUCUAUUAAGAGUAUUUUAAAUAUAUUUUAAAUAAAGAGUUGAAAUGUCUUAAACUGCCCUGCCCUUUCCCUGCACUUUUUAUUUUAGUUUAUAACAGUGCAGAGGAUUGAUACAUCCUUGAUAUCUGGAAUUUCGUUGCAAAUCCAACACAUACUGCUGGCACAAAACUCUUUCAUUACUUUGUAUGUCCCAACUUUAAACAGAGACAUUCUAGUAUUGUGAGAUUGCUGCUUCAUUGGGCUUUAGCUCCUCUCCUAGAAAUCUUAAUGAGCAAAUAUUUUCAACACUUGGUGAAAAAUCUCAAAAACAGAUGAUAGUAUAUUUUUCAAAGCCCAGUUUCAAUAAUUAAAAAAAACAUUUUGGAAACCUGCAUUUUUGGUAGCAAUUGAUUUUUUGAAUUUAUUAAUUCACAGGACAUGGACAUCAUUACCAAUGUCGGCACUUUUUUUUUGUCCAUCCCGAAUUGCUCUUAAGGAGAUAGUUAAUCUUAUUGGUGGGUCUGGAGUUGCAUAUAGGCCAGAUUGGGUAAGGAUGGCAGAUUUUUUUCCUGAAAGACACUAGUGAAACUGAUUGUUUUUUUUAAACAACACUGUAGUUUUAUGUCACUAUUACCGAGACUAGUUUUUUUUAAAUUCCAGGUUUAUUUAUUAACUUGGAUUUAAAUUUCCCAGCUGACAAGGUGACUAUGAAUGGGUGAAUUAAGAUUAUAUUAUACUUCUUCUUAAGUAGUCACCCAGGAUCAGAUUGACUUGCUUCCAUUCCAGUUUUGGGAGUUCCAAGGUGGUUAAUGAGGCCAAUGUGGGAAGCGCAGACCCUUCCACAGAGGGGAAGGAAGUCGUUAAGGCAGAGUUUCUUGUGCUUCUGAUGCCUGGUCUUAUGAUUCUCAAAACCUCCCCAAAUACUCCUUUUCUACUUUGAGCAGUCAUGGCCAGAGUGUCCAAGAAAUCAGUGAAGAUAUUGCAAUUUUACAAUGAAGCUUUGAGAACAUACUUAAAUUUUUUUUUCUCCGUCUGCCUGGUAAUCUCCUCCCACAACAGAGCUCAGAAUAGAAUGUCUGUUUUGAUAGUCUAGUAUUGGGUAUGUGAACGACAUUGCCUUCCCAAUGUAGCCAACUGAAAGUAACUAGAGCCUUAGUGCUGGGGAUGUUGACCUGGGAGAGAACACUGACAUUGGUUCACCUAUCCUUCCAAUUAAUUUGGAGAGUUUUGCAGAGACAGCACUGGUUGUAUUUUUCCAGUGCCUGCUGGAGGUAGAAGAAAAUAGGUAGGUAGAAGCAGGGGUGACUGCUGCCCAGUGGACCUUGAGUUUUAUGACAGUUCUGAGGUUUUGACCUUCAAUCUCCCUUUCCUCAAUUAAUUAAAGAGUACUGCAUUAAAGCUGGUAGUGAGUUUCAUCAUCGAUGUUUGCCGCUGCCAAGAGGUAGCUCCGAAGAUGGGGGAAGGGUCCAUGUUUUUCUGGGGCUUGUCAUGAACCUUUAUUGUCGGAGUUCAGUGUGAUGCAGCAGGGCAGGUUUGUAGAAGACUUUGUUCUUGCAGAUGAAUAGUGUAAGCCCAUUCUCUUGUAUUCUUUGAUGAAUAGUCUCCAGAUUCUAAAAGUGGGAGUUAUGUUAAAAAGGAAAAUGCAAUAUUCCAAUGGAAUGGGCUUUAGAUUAAAAGGUUUUUGUCUUGGUGGGUCAGGAAGCACCAUUUUAAAAAACAGUGGUCUGAUUUCUUCCAAUUGCUUUGUGUAGUUUCACCAUAACUUAAUGGUGAGUUAUUUCCUUUGGUAAAUUAGAAAUAUGUUUCUUUUGA